CCGCAGGACUAUUAAAAAGAUUACUUGAAAAUCAAUCCCAUGAAGUCUUGUAAGUUUUCCCUUUUGGACGGUCCUAAUUCAUUCUUGCUAGCACAACAUGGCUACAAAUUCAGAAUCGAAUUCUCCUAGCUCGAAAGCUAGAAUCUACGCUCCUCUUGGGCCUAACCAGGCCAGAUUUAUCGAAAUCCUACCUUCUGAUGACGAUGACCAGUCGGUGAGCUGCCUGCUCCGAACCGCUGAAUUGACGCCGGAUCUCCACUAUGCUGCUCUAUCUUACGUCUGGGGCGAUCCCAAGGUCACACGAGAUAUUCUAGUUAACGGGCACAUACUUCCCGUGACUACUAACCUCGCGUGCGCGCUAUGGUAUUUCCGAAAAGGGGGCUUCCCGCGUCACGACAACACAGAAAAGAUACGUCUUCUCUGGGUGGACGCUAUUUGUAUCAACCAGGAAGACACCCCUGAACGUAGUCACCAAGUAACAUUAAUGGGGACCAUCUUUGGCAAUGCGAGCUCGGUUUUUUCAUGGCUUGAAGAUCCCGGACUUAGGCAUCUCGACGCUGUAUUUCCGGUUAUCCGUGAAUUCUUGUCCAUGGUGGGCUCUAUCUCUCAGCCACGGAAUAGAGAUGCAGACGAACGCCAUACCGGUAUGGGAAGAGCAAUCCUUGACUGGCUGGUCUCGGAACCCGAAAGACUGAAGCCUUUGGCGAAAUUAUCAAGGUGCACCUAUUGGACGAGAAUAUGGAUCGUCCAAGAAAUGGCCUUAGCAAAGUCGCCAGUAGAACAUUGGUUUAUCUGUGGUCACGACUCUAUCACCUUUAGGGAAAUCGCUCUAUUUGAUGCCGCCAUCCUAAAUAUAUUUGGACUGUUUUUAUGUUCGGAGAUAAACAUCUCUACGGUAAUGCGCCGUAUGCUGUGGCGUGUGGUGCACAUGAUGGUGCAAGAUGUAAUAGAGAAGAUUCUAUUUGCGGUAGAAGAUGAAAUGGGUAUUAUGCGAAUUGACGGCAAAGAUAAGUUUGUGAAUAGCUAUAUAGAGCGGGCUUCUUCGGUUCCCCCAAUGCUGUCACAGUUAAAUCUGGAGACGAUCAUCAACAAACACAACUUGAGCGACUCCGUGUUUCUGUUUGGAAAAAUCGCUGUGGUGGGGUUGCAUACCUCUGCUACUGACCCCCGGGAUAUGGUGUACGCAGUGCUCAGUAUAGUUUCUAGCGACAUCAUACCAGACUAUACCAAGUCUGUAAGAGAUGUUUAUCUCGAUGCCCUCUUACGCGACGCUAUGGAAGAUACGGUGGGAGCCUAUUUGCAAUUUUCUGGGCUUGGUCAUAAUAUGGAGAACGAGCACGACCUUCCUUCCUGGCUACCAGACCUCACCAAGUCAACAUCGUGGCACGAUCCCUCGUUUAAAAUUGGGCAGCUUUCGAGGCCUAAGUUGCUAGAAGGGGUUCGUCUUCGUGAGCCGGAGAUGGUUAAUCGGGGAAUCCUCCUCAUCCAGGGAGCAGCAUGCGGCUCUAUAAAACAUAUUAAACGCAUCCCAAGGCUUUGUAGGGAAUUCGGGAAAAUGAUAUAUCAACUCUGUAUUGACUAUCUAGUUGAUUGGGUGAUUCCUGGUGAGACCACAACCGGGAUAAGGCAAAUUAUGUUUAAAAGGCCAUUGCAGGCCCUCCUAACCGCUUUGUGCUGGGAUGGUUUGAAUGAUGAUGUUUCUCAUUUUGAGGACUCCCGUGGCAUCCACUUGCCCAGGCUUAGUUGGACGUUCUUGAACAUACUACUCUUCGGCGGUAAUGUAUUAUCCGAAGACGAACGACGAGAUGCAAGAAGACGACUUAAGCUUCCUUGGGGAGUUCGACUGGAAGGGUUUAUGGCAAAUUGUUUUGUGGAUGUGAGAAGGGUUGUCUACAGAUCAUGCGAUAACUGGGAGCAGUUCAAUUUUCUUGUCCGCCGCGUGGAAGGAAAUGCGGUUCUCUUCCAAACCUACGAUGGUAGGUUAGGUAGUGGACCUAGCGGCACGAAACUUGGGGAUAUUGUCUGCGCCGUUGACGGAACUCCAUCUCCAAUCCUCCUAAGGAAGGAUAAGCUGCAAGAGAAUGGAAGCUCGCAUUUGGUACAUGUGGGAGUAUGCUUUGUUGUAGGCUUAUUAGAUGAAAAGCCUGCUGAGAUGGUCAAAAGAGGCGAGCUGGAAAUUGAGACGUUUGAGAUACACUAGGUCUGAAUAGUUACAAUAGUUACAGUAUG